AAGGGGAUAGACGUUUGACUUCAUAUUUGUAUGGUAGUCAGCGGAGCAAUCAAUUCGUGGCAUGUUUUUCCGGUAAGACAUCAAGAGCUCACUCUGCUCUGUGUCAACCGACACUCCUGGUUUUGCCGGAUAGGCGAUACGUCGAACUACGGCCGUGCGAUCGCCAUGAAAAUCGCUGAGCUACUCAACGGCCCCACGGCCACGACCCGCCGACAUGCCGAGAAGCGGAUGGACAUGGCGUCGCUCGACUUGUUCACUCAAAAGUCCGUUGCAGCCACUCAAAUUUUUAGGCUAGUGUUAAAGCGUUUCUAAACCCAUUUCUCCACAAUUAUCAAUGCAGACGCAAACACCGACCGGAGCUCUCCAUGAGUGGCAUUAUCCAGGCACUGACCGAUAAGACUGGAGAUCUCAGCCAUGACUCAAUUCCUUCUGGCCUCCCUACGGUCUCCGUUAAGGAGGAGACGCGACCAAGUGUCCUGCCGGAACCUGAGGCUGAAAUUGCAGUGAAAACCAAGACAACAACUCCGAACUCGGAGAAAGACGAAGGUUCUGGCUCAGAGAAACCCAAAACAAGGAGAAGGCGAAGUCGCAAUGGGUUUACGCCACUCACCGAGUCGGAGAAAAGAGUGAAACAGAGAAUGUUGGUCAAGCGCUCAUACUACCGCAAAAUUGACACAUUGGUGGAGCUUCGAAACGAGAUGAAAACACUGGAAACCAAGUGCAGGGAAGCUAUUAUCUCUCGACGACAGAUACAGUCGCCAAUCUCCCAACCCGAGGGCGAAGAACAACGCUGUGAACAGCUACGUGAAAGAUACACACAACUAGCCAUCACACAAGACGAGUUACGCCACGAAAACGAGGAAUUACGCUCCGAGGCCAUGGAGCAAUCCAAAGCUCGUACACGCAUUGGUAUUUUACUAAACGAGGAGCUCCAAGAUCAAAAGGAGGCACGUGCAAAAGGAGUGUCACUGGGCUUAACACCGUGGUCUAACGGUGAACGUCGCGCUGCAAAACCGACCUCAAAUGUUGAAAAAUCUACUCAAGAGACGAAAUCCAAGCCUGUACUGGACUUUACGCCGAUCACGGAGGACGAGUGCAUUACCAUCGUUCGUGAGGCCUACACCGAUGUUCGAGCAUUCGCCGACAAGCAGCACUACGAGAGCACAGGUGCCAGUGUGUUUGGCUGGCGUGACAGACGCCAGGUGGACGGCAACACGAUGCGCUUCUUCCUCGAGAAGACGUUCGAAAACUACACAGCCGAUGAGAUUUCCAGUCGCAUGUGGGAUUUAGUGUCUUCUGAGCACGGAGUGAACCGCAUCUACGCCUCCGAUGUGGCAAUAAACUUCCACCUGGUGCAACGCGUGAAUGACGAGAACGUGUUGUUCUACCGCACUAUUGAACCACAAGGCACCGAUCUGGUGCUCAAGGCACUUAUACUGGCUUCACGUGUUCAAAUCGACGAUAACGGCAGCUUUAUGGUGCUUUUUCGUUCAGUAGACCCAGUCACGCGUGGAAUCUCAAAGCAACAGACAGAAAUUUCAGAUUUUUCAACCAAGAAGAAAGAAAUCUGGAGCGACGUCUUCAGCUGGGGGUUGUACGAAGCUGUAGGUGACCGCGGACAACAUUGCCGCAACUACUUCGGCGGCUUCGUGUCUAGUUUAUUGACACAACGCAGUCUGGAAUUCUGGCUCAUGCACAUCCUUCUCAUCGCUGUACGCUGUGAGAACGAAGUCAUCGGUCCUCUUUUUAUUAUGCAGUAAACUUAAACCAAAGACGGUUAAUAACCCUCUUUGCUUCUUUUACUUCUUUUCGCUUCUUCGCCUCGACGCUGUUUCAGGACGUUUGGAUGCGCUUUUCGAGGAUUUCUUGGCUGUCUUCGGUCUGCCACUGGAUGCAGAUUGUUUCUUACGAGACGCAGCAGGAGCGUAGCCGUCUCCAUCGUUGUCAUCCACGUACAUGAAAAAGGGAUUGCGAGCAAGUUCGAGCUCUUCGGCACGGGCGAUUUCGUCGUCUUCGUCGUCAUUCUGGGCCAUGACGAACUUCCUCCCCGUUCGACUCUUAUCCGACGAGGUUUCAGGGCGACGGACACUGCUAGCAGAGGGUGGACGCUGUCGAGGACGCAGGGUGUUACCAGCGAGUUCGAGUCUAUCCAGAGUGAAGUCGUCCUCUUCGUCAUCCCAACGUGCACGGGCUUCCAGCAUGGCAACAGCUUCGGGUGGCAUAAAGUAGUCCAGUACCAGAGAUUUCAGCUUUAACUGCGCUGUGAGCUGUCGAAUCGUGUCCAGAAGAUCCUCACGCUCUCGGCUAUGAGCCUUCUCCAUGGCCUUGAUAUCUCCUAGCACUUCUUUUACUUUAGUGUAGACUUUCUUGAGUUUCCGGGCUUUCGCUUCAGCUUCUUCUUGUAAGGACUGAUACUUCUCUUCUCGCAUGAGAUUACUCUCUUCUUGUUCAGCUAAUUCACGGGCGAGUUGCAAUUCUUGGCGUUUGCGUUCUUCCAACUCGAGUUUAGUACGGCGAAGCUCGUCUUCUUGUUGCGCAGCUUUCGUCAUCAUUUCACCGCCGACAAGCACCUUGGCUUGGGUA